GAAAAUCUAUAGCGGUUGUUGACCUUAACUCCCAAUUUCAAACAAAAUGGCGUCGAACGCACUGGCGGCGAUGUUGGAUGAGUUGAUGGGAAGAGAUAGAAACUUAGCACCCACAGAAAAACGUAGCGAACCAAAAUGGGAUGACCCAGAGGUUUGUCGAUAUUAUCUAGUAGAUUUCUGCCCUCAUGAACUAUUCACAAACACUAGAGCAGAUCUAGGACAGUGUGAAAAGAUACAUGAUGAUCACCUUAGAAAAGAGUACCACGAAAGAUACAAGAAAAGUUCAAGAGUUGGCCGUCUUGGUUAUGAGGAAGAUUUUCUACGGUACUUACAAACAUUGAUCAAUGACGUAGAGAAAAGAAUAAGGAGAGGGCAUCAGAGGCUUGCCCUGAAUAGUAUGCAAGGAAAUUUGAAUGGAAAUCCAGCCAGUCAGAAGGAAGAAAAGGUGAAAAUGUUGACAGAGAGAAUAAAUGAACUUGUACAAAAAGCUGAGGAACUAGGAUGUGAGGGUAAAGUAGAAGAAGCACAGGGUAUUAUGAAGCUAUGUGAUCAACUUAAUGAGGAAAGAACGCAGCUACAGAAUAAUCCAACACCAGACCCAUAUAAUGAGCCACUGAAGGCUAUGGAAGUAUGUACAGUAUGUGGGGCAUUGUUAGUGGUUGGUGAUGCUCAACAGAGGGUAGAUGAACAUAUUAUGGGCAAACAACAUUCAGGAUAUGCUAGAAUCAGAGCUUACGUAGAGGGAAAAAGAAUGAAAACAAAGGAGGAGGAAGAAGAAAAAGAGGCUAAACUUAAGCAAGAAAGGGAGGAGAGAGAAAAGGAACGAGAGAAAGAGAGAGAGGAAAGAAGGAAGAAAGAUGAAGAGAGGAAGAAAGAAAGAGAGGAAAGGGAGAAAGAAAGAGAAAGAAGGAAGAAACGAAGCAGAUCAAGGAGUAAAAGUCGUAGAUCAAGAAGUAGAGACAGGAAGAAGAGGUCAAGAAGUAGAAGCCGUCAUCGACGUAGGUCUCGUAGUAGGUCACGUGACAGACAUCACAAGUCACGUCGCCACCGCAGCAGAAGUCGAGAUCGUUCUUCCAGAAGCGAAGACAAGAAAAGGAGGUCAAGGAGCAGAGAGAAAAGCAGUAAAAAGUCCAGCCGCGAGAGGAGUCGUUCAGAAGAUAAACAAAAAGAACCAACAAGAAGCAAGUCCAAAGAGAAGACAGACCGACCAUCCGAUGAUGGUGAUAAAGCAAUUAAAGUAGAAGUCAAACAAGAAAACAUACCUGAGCAAGAAACAGAAAAUGAGAACCAAGCUUCUGACAUGGAACCAGGGGAAACAAACUGAAGGUGACUUAUUCAUGGAUAUACAGCACAAGGAGCCGUCGUGUGAACACAGCACAGUGAAUUGAUGAAGGACACCAUAUAUGCAGGAAGUCUCAGAAAGUUUUUGCCAUUUUAGAGCAAAAUUGAUUUGCUUCAGGUAUUUCUAGCUUGUCUAGCUUUAAAUACCAUUGUUAAUAUGAUUGUUAAAUGAUAAUUGAAAAAAAAAAAAAAUUCAUUCAUGUAGCAGUAUUUGUGAUAUGAAGUGUCAUAGUUUUGUUUAAUGCAAAAGUCUUGUCUCCAUACAAUGUAGCUGGUUUCUUUUAAAGACCUAUGUAGACUUUCAGUUCAGCUCUUUAGUUAAGUUGGCCUUGUAGAAACCCACUGAAUUUUCUCAUCAAGGGGUUGCUGAUUUGAUCUUUGGGUGGGGCAAAAUUUCUCGGUGACAAUUGAUCACCAUUGAUUUGGGAAAUAGAAGUCAAGAAGCCAGUCACAUAAUUACUGGUUAGUUCCAGGAAUGACAACAAAUUGGAUUGACUUCUGAUAUAUGAACAAAAGUGUGUUAAAAUCAGCUUAAAAACCAGAAAAACAAACAAACAACGGUAAUGAACAUUCUCUUAAAGUGAAGCCUAUGAUGUACAUUUCUUGGGCCAAUCUCUAUGAACUUUACUUUUCUUUCAGAACUUAAAAAGCUGUUUAGUUUAUCAUUUAGAAAAUUUUACAGAUUCAUGUAUAAUUGAUUAUUUUCUUGAGAAUUAACUUUAGUGUAAGAGAAUUUUUCACAAUGAUACAUGUCUGCAUUAAGUUGACUUUAUGUCUGACCAAUUGGGGCUUUAAACCCAAGUUCAGACAAGACGUGUUUAGAUUUUUAGAAUAGUGACAUUUAUUCUAAUGUUAAUUGUUUCAUUAAUAUUCCUAUGUUUAACCUUGAUGAGGUGACCUCAACAAUGGAAUCUAUAAAUAGAAACAUGCAGUGAAAUUAUGCACGGAGUGUAGAACAUUACAUAAUGUCACAAUUAAGGAAAGGUAUAUAUUAAUAAAAAAAAAACCUGGAUAAGAGGUAUUUCUUAUGUGUUUAUUCAAAAUGGUGUAUUGUUUAUAUUGUAAAGAAAAUGGUCUUUGAGAUGUGGGCGCCAGCCUUCAUUUAUAUGUCAGAGGUAUUUUAAACUGUUAGAAUCCGCUGUGCCGGGCAAUCACCUGAUAUAGAGAGGUAUUUAUAAAAAUGAGUAGUCAAUUAAACAGGUUAUAUUUGGAAGCUUUAGAUUUCAUACUUACAAGAAAAUCAGACAAACUAUACAUUCAUAUGUAUGUUACUGAAAUAUAUUACUGAAAAAAAAUGUUUAUUUAUUGUUGGACGAUAAAUUAAUCCAAUGUUAUUAAUGGGUGCAAUUGAUUAUUAUGAAUAGUUGGCUCUUACUGACAAAGAACAGGUCAGUAUUUGUAUGGAAUUAAGAAUUUUGAAAGGACAAGGUUAUUAAAAUUGAAAAUCCAUCUGUUUUAAUAUUAUCUGAUUGGUGGAAGUCCUGUCCGAUUUGCAGAGAUUUGCUUAAUGAGCAAUAAGCUCUUGAGCACAUUUAAAUGUGUGACAAAUAUUGAAUUAGUGGUAUGAUAAUUUGUCAAACUUUGGAAAGUUAAUGAGAAAUCAGCAGCAAAUCUGCAGGGAUCUCAAGUUAUAUGUUGAGGUAACAAUGUUUAAAGCUUUGGUAUAUGAAGUAAGCCUUGCUGUUUCAGAUUUUGUCAGUAUUUGCAGAGGUUAGUGAUCUAAUUGUAUAUUGUUUUCAGGUCUUUUAUUUGUACAUGCCUAGUGUGUUUUGGGUGAAUAUAUUGUCAAUUAUGCGUCACUUAAAGACAAUUGUAAUUUUGAAAUAAAUAUUCUUUGAAAAAAUAUGUCAAAAUUGUCAAUUAUGCGUCACUUAAAGACAAUUGUAAUUUUGAAAUAAAUAUUCUUUGAAAAAAAUAUUUGGAAAACUUAUCUUGGCAUACAUAUAUUUCUUUUUAAUUUGAAAGUAAAAAAAAAGUUUUUAUAAAAUUAUUUGGUGAUUAUGUUGCUUUGAAACAAGUUUUCAAGGGUAUUUAGCGGAAAAAAAUCUGUAAAAUAUGUCAUAUAAAUAAAAAAAUAUUUGAAGAUUUUAUUUCUCUUCAUUUUUCAUUUGGACAAAACCAUUGUGUAUCAAGCUGACUUUUCACAUUCUUUAAUUGGCAAUACUAUGUCACACAAAACACUACUGACAUUGUAAACUCCCCUUCCAAAGAUGUCAGGCAAACAAGAGGUCAGUGCAAAUUGAACCCUAGAUGAUUUUUAUCUUUUUGUCUCUUUUAUUUUAACUGAUUCCUAACUAAACUGCAAAAACUUUUCUCAUUAGAUGAAGUUGGGCAAAUAGAACUCUUUAAAGAAGCUAACAUUUCUAGAUUAAGAUGAUAUUAUAUGGUGUAAACUAUGUUUGUUAAUGCUUUGAAUUCAUAUUUUUCAGAAUGUUGUUAAAAUUUUCCUUCCACUGGUUACAAGAGGAUGAAGAUUUUGAUAGGAUGGGACUAAAAGGCUGCCAUGGAUUUUUCUGCAAGAUUUCAACGAGGUACUUAAGAAGUUGAUAAAGUUAUCAAAAAUAGUCCAAUAUAUUCUUUCCUUGUUAUGGAUUUUGUAUUACUUGCUCUAAUUUGUAUGUAUUCUUGUUGGUCAUUGUUGUUGUUGUUUACAAUAUUUGGUUUUACUGAACUAUUUUCAUUACAAUAAAGGGAUUUGAUGUGCUAUCUGUGAAUUUCUGUUGUUAUACAUGUAAAUUACCUGAACAUUGUUGCGCUAGAGAGAGUUGAAGAAAAUGUGAAUUUUAGUGAACAUUUGACAUUUAUAGUAAUUACAUACUUAUUCCAAUCUUGUGUGUCUUGGACAUUAGUUGUGAGAAAGAAAGAGGGAAGCUCUCUUAGUAAAAGUAACUUACUAAUACAUGAGAAAAUGUUAAAAGCUAAAGUUGGAUUU